AGAAUUCCCUCCUCUUGCCUGUAUCUUCACUCCUUCCUCUGGACUAGCUGUUAGCUAAUUUCUCCACCAAUUUCUCCACCAUCUUCACAUUAGCGCCAAAAGAUAAAUAAUUGUAGAAGGCCAAAAAAAAAAAUAGUCCCCAUUUGUCCAUCAGAUCCAAAGAACGAGGCUUUAAUCUUCAAGAUUUUGAUGGGGCUGCUCGUUCUUCAAUCGUAGCGGCUCUGUACGGUUCUUGAAAAUUCUGUUCUUUUUGGUGGAUGCUCUGUUCUUGAAAUGGAAAUGGCUGCAACACUCGGUGGACAAGCAGUCGGAGUCUCCAGCUUCGUCUCUUCAUCGUCUUCUUCGUGUUUCACUCACAAUGCAAAAUCUCGAUACCCCUUCACGAUGGUGUGCAGACUAGCAGUGGCUUCUCCAAGAAUUGUUGCCUGCUCUGCCGUCCAAGAGUCGACUUCCACCGCCACCACGGAGACAAAGGAAGCAAAAGCAGCUCCAGAAGCAGCGUCAGAGGCAGCACCAGCAAAGCCUAAAGCUCCAAAGAAAGUGCCGCCGAAGCCGCUUCCUCAGCUCAUGGAGGAGGAAGUGAUCCCUCCCCUACUGGAAAUCCUCCAAUCCCAAGAUGACCUCUCCGAAAUUGAACUCUCUUUCCACGAUAACAGGUUGGAGGGCUCCUUCCUGAAAGAGGGGACCCGUUACUCAUUCUGGGCCUUCUUUCCUACGGGUGACCUCACCGGCCCAAAAGGGUUCUCAUUGUCGUCCUAUGGUUCGGAAGCAAGUACUGUUGAGCCAUUUCUUGUGGAUGAGAAACGAGUCACGGGGAAGCACGUCGUCUUUUGGGUUGAAAAGCGUCUGGCAGCACAAGGCAUCAUUCCGGUGUGGAAGGAAUGACCGGUUUGCAAGUUCUCAUCAUUCCAGAUCAUGUAAUAACAUUUCCAAAUUAAAUCGCCCCCUUCUCUCUUUUUGUUUGUUCAGUAAGACAUCUGUGACAGAGUCUUCCUGCUCUGUAAGUAAAGGAGUUCGGUUUUAUCACACAAUGUGAUUCAUUCUCUCAGAAGACAUAAACAUAAACGAAGAGGUCCACAGCUAUUCCUGUUUUGACA